UCUCACCUUAUUCAAUGUCUGAUAAGAUGCCUUUACUUAGCAUGAAGAAGACCUUCUUCUAUAACUUCUUUCCAUCAAAAGCUCAAGAAGAAGCUUGCAAAAUUAACAAUACCCCGUAUGAAGUGACUCGAGAACUAGUGGAGAUAAGGGACUUAUACCCUGCCCCAAGAAUCGAUAAGCAAAACCCAUGGCAAAUCAAGAAAAAGCUUACCCAUGAUGAGAUUGUUGUAGGAAUGCUUUUGAUUCCAUUUUUUGAGAUGUUUGAGUACAUUCUGCGUUACUGGAGUUUAGAUGUGGGAAAAAAUUUGGUGAAUGGCUGCAAUGUGUGUGUUGACAUGUGGGAUGUCACUGAGGAGAAUGUCCCUAAGAAGUAUGAAGGUGGACGUGUUUGGUUUAGGAUUUUGCCCAAUGAUGAUUUUUCUCUUUGGUGCACCGAAUUGAUUAAUGGUCGUAGAUUGAAAGAUGGUGAUGAAAUUGGGAUUUAUUGGGAUCCUAUAUCUUCAAGUCUUGUGUUCAAAUUGUUUUAUCCAAUUGGACUUAGUGGAAAGGUCCAAUAUUUAGGACCAUAA